CGGUGGGCUCCAGACCCGCCCCGCCCCGCCCUUCUCCGCGAACCCCCUGCGCUUUCCGCCGCCCGCCGCCCGCCGCCAGCCCCUCUGCGCUGCCUGGGAGCGAGCAGCUCGUCCGCCACCCGGAGUCCCAGAUGGCUUCAGUUACUGAUGGUAAAGCUGGAGUCAAAGAUGCCUCUGACCAGAACUUUGACUACAUGUUCAAACUGCUCAUCAUUGGCAACAGCAGUGUUGGCAAAACCUCCUUCCUUUUCCGCUAUGCUGAUGACACCUUCACUCCAGCCUUUGUCAGCACCGUGGGCAUUGACUUCAAGGUAAAGACCGUCUACCGCCAUGAGAAGCGAGUGAAGCUGCAGAUCUGGGACACAGCUGGGCAGGAACGGUACCGGACCAUCACCACAGCCUAUUACCGUGGGGCCAUGGGCUUCAUUCUGAUGUAUGACAUCACCAAUGAGGAGUCCUUUAAUGCUGUCCAAGAUUGGGCUACUCAGAUCAAGACCUACUCCUGGGAUAAUGCACAGGUUAUCCUGGUGGGGAACAAGUGUGACAUGGAGGAAGAGAGGGUUGUUCCCACUGAGAAGGGCCAGCUCCUUGCAGAGCAGCUUGGAUUUGACUUCUUUGAAGCCAGUGCCAAGGAGAACAUCGGAGUGAGGCAGGCCUUCGAGCGCCUGGUGGAUGCCAUUUGUGACAAGAUGUCUGAUUCCAUAGACACGAUCCCCUCUGUGUUUCGUGCCCCCAAGAAUGCCCGUCUCUCAGACACCCCACCACUGCUGCAGCAGAACUGCUCAUGUUAGGCAAGGUCCACCCUCCUGAUCUCCCCUUACUGUGGCCCCACUGCCACUCUGCCUUCCUCAUUACACUCUGUCCAUUCCUAGCCCUGAGCAAGCUGAGUUCCUGCUGUUUUUUGCCUGCAGCAGAGAUGGAAGUAUGCCCUGGGUUCUCUGCAGAUGGCCCCACUUACAGACACUCAGCACUAGACAAAUAGCCAGGUCACAACGUGGGUGGAGAUGCACUGUACAAAGGAAGGCUCCAUUUUAUGAAGGGGAUUCACUACAAGCAUGUUGUCACUUUUCUGUCUUUAAUACAUGAUUUCCUCCCCUUAUCAAAAUUUGACACAACACAAUUUUCAGGACCUGGCCAACUGUGUAAUGUGAGGCCUACCUGCACAGCUAAUCCUAUUAAAGAAAACCUCCCCAUGCACAACAUGCUUGUUUCAUACCAGGCUCCCUGUGGGGAUUCCUCUCACUUCAAGUCAAGCUUUGGCUCUCAAAGCCCUAUGCCUGUUACCACAGAUGCCCACAGGGCCUGGGCAGUUGCUGUGGCGACAGGCCAGAGCUAGUCUCCAGAGAGUUCAGACUCUCGCAAAGGCUGAAUAAGAAACACACUUAAAAGAAAGAUUUUCCCUUGCAAAAUGGCAAAGGUUCCUCCUGUAUGAAAGAGCAAAUGAGUGAGUUUAAGAAAAAUGAAAAAAAAAAAAAAA